AUGUCAACCGAACAACUCACACAAAAGAAGCGUCUUGAACCGUUUUAUUUAAUGAACGUAGUCUUAUACAUCGACUCAUUCAAUACACUUCAAAAGUUUCAUAUGGUUAGUAAAGCAACUAAUCAAGCCAUUAUAAGUCUCAAAACGAAUCCAGAACUUGGGCAAUCUUCCAUUCGAAUAGCCAUCGCUUAUAAUGGUUUUAACAAGUUAAAAUUGAUUAAAAAGGAGUUAAAUAUCUUCACUGGAAUUGAAACACUCAACCUUCCCAGUGAUAUUCUAACUCAACUUGACUCUUCUACAUACAACCAAGUCGAAUUAAUCCAAGUGAACAAAUACAUUCAACUGAUGGACAAAGAUAACACUACUGGAAAACAACAAAUAUUGAAAGACUUGGCCCCAAAGCUUUGUAAAGUCGCAUUUGAUGUCAUGAACGCCGAGUUUUUGCUUUCAACAACAUUCGAAAAGUUGCGAGAAGUUACCAUCAAUGUCGCACUUUUUACAAUCACUGAAGAUUCAAUUACAAAGUACUUAGAAUUCAUCAAGGAGACUAAAUGUAUUAAAAAGGCGACAAUCAUUUUCAAUGGAAACAAAGUUGUGGCAAUUUCAAAAUUUUUAGAAAACUACAAAUCCGAAGUUUUAGCAGUUCACUUGCAAUGCUUCAUGUUGUAUGAACUCGACCCCUCGCGUUUAUUAGAAAUGGCAGACAAAACAGACUUCCCAGUCGCCGUUUGGGACACUACUGUUUGUAAACUAGAAAAUUGGAUGCUUGAUAAGAGAAUAGUCGUUCUCCCUGUCGUCCACAAUAGAAUGCACGUCACUUCUGCUAUGGAAAACUCCCCACUUUAUAAGCAAUUCAAAGAGAAGUAUCUUAUACAACUCAAUUGA